UCAUCACUAAACUCCAUAGAAGGGGUUCAUAAAGUAUUUUUUUAUUAUUAUUCUUUUUUGUUUGAUUUUUUUUUUUAAAUUAAUUAAUUGAAUUAAUCGCGGACCGCCCCGUACCGUGGGGUCCGCACUACAGUGAUGAACCAAGUUCAGUGCAGUGAUCUCGCAGGAGACAGAUUCACUUCUUUGUUUAUUUUAAUAUUUUUUUUUUCGAAAACUGUGUGUACUCACCCGUUUAAUGGAGAUGCUCUGAUCAGUAAUAUAAAUCAAAAUUGUGCACAAUAAACUUAAGGUGUUUAGUUGUGUUCCUUUUUCCCUGAUUUGAUGGUCAAACAGUCAACGAGAUUAGUUAGAAGGACAAAAAAAACAUUUCUUUGUAGUAAUAAAGAAAGUUUAUUAUUUAAUUAAUAUCUUUAAACUCUCUAUUGUCUAUCCCGCUCACUUACACACAGGCAGUGAGUCCCUUUGCAUAAAAGCAAAUUGACUAAACAAUUACUCUCUCUGUCUCGCUCCCAUCUUCUUUGCUCCUCUUUCCCAAAGAAAAAAAGAAAAGAAAAGAAAAGAAAAGGGGUUUCCUUUUAUUUUUAUUUUUUUUUGGGUGAAGAAUUUUACCUGGAGCAGAAUCUCUAGUGCUGCUGAGAAGACCCCCAAAAACCUCAAGAAAACAGUUUGGUUUCCAUCAUAAUGAAGGAGAUAGCUGUUUCCGGGAACACAGUUCCUCUCCAUGCUCGCCCUGUAACUCGUGCCCUUGCCUCUGCUCUGCGUGCGUCUAAGUUGUUGAUUACAUCUUCUUCACCCAACCAGGGAAGGGUUCUGAGAGCAAACAGCAAAAGAAGAGCCUUUGAUGAUGAUAAGAAGAAUGCCAGUCCACCUAAGAAGAAGAAGAAGCGAGCUCUUCUUAAAGACAUCACAAAUGUUACCUCCCAUAAUAAUUCUUAUACUACAAGCUGCUUCAGUGCAGCUAAACUUCAGGUUGUUGUUCAUAUACACAAUACAAUGCUUCUUCUUAAAAUUGUCAAGAAACAUGUUUGUUGCUUACAAGUGUCCCAUUUUUUUUUAAAGGUGCAGAUAAAGAAGGGAAGGGCAUGUUCUUCCAAGGUGGCAUCAUCUUCUGCUACUUCACAAGUUACAGAUGAUGUAAAGUUACAAGUUGUGUCAGAUUCAGAAGGAGUAAGCUUGUCUGGCUGUACAGGCACAAACGAAGCAUCUUCUAGCUCAAAGCCGAGUUCCAGGUUGCCUCCAAGACCCCUUGGGAGAUUAACUUCUACAGUUGAGAGAAGUUGUGUUGGAGGAAGUUCCACUGUGGCAAGUAUCCCCAAAUUCAUUGACAUUGAUUCAGAUGUUAAAGAUCCUCUUCUCUGUAGCCUAUAUGCACCUGAUAUCCACUACAACCUGCGUGUUUCUGAGCUUAAACGCAGACCAUGUCCUGAUUUUAUGGGGAGAACACAAAGAGAUGUGACUCAGACAAUGCGUGGAGUCCUGGUUGAUUGGCUUGUUGAGGUCUCAGAGGAAUACACACUUGCAUCUGACACUCUCUACCUCACAGUGUAUCUCAUAGACUGGUUUCUACAUGGGAACUGCAUGGAAAGACAAAGACUUCAAUUGCUGGGCAUCACUUGUAUGCUCAUUGCUUCAAAGUACGAGGAAAUCUAUGCGCCACGCAUUGAAGAGUUCUGCUUCAUCACGGAUAACACUUACACAAGAGAUGAGGUCCUGGAAAUGGAGAGCCAAGUACUGAAGCAUUUCAGCUUUCAAAUAUACACUCCCACUUCUAAAACAUUCCUCAGGAGAUUUCUCCGAGCAGCUCAACCUUCUCACCUGAUGAUGCCAAGUGUGGAAAUGGAGUUUCUGGCGAAUUAUCUGACGGAAUUGACGUUAAUAGAGUGUCAGUUCUUGAAGUACCUACCUUCGGUUAUAGCUGCAUCGGCUGUUUUUCUAGCCAAGUGGACAAUGAACCAAUCAAGCCACCCUUGGAAUGCAACACUUGAGCAUUACACAACGUAUAAAGCCUCGGAUCUCAAAGAAUGUGUUCAGGCCUUGCAAGAUCUGCAGCUCAACACCAAAGGAUGUCCCUUAAACUCCAUACGCAUCAAGUACAGGCAAGACAUGUUCAAAUGCGUGGCGGUGUUCACAUCUCCAAAGGUACCUGAGAGGCUAUUCUGAAAAAGAGACUCGGUUCAUCUCCUAACCGAUAUAACACGUACGUCAAGUCAACGUCUCUCUGUAACAUUUGUGAUGGUCCGGUUCGGCCUCAUUCAUUUGCUCUCUCUCUCAAAUAAAAAGAGUUAGUAAUUUUUCCAAGGUCUCACAUUUAGACCAAAAAGAGUAACAGGUACAUUCCGGUUCAGUGUAGACUUGUUUUUGUUGUGGUCCGUAUUACACGAGAGUUUAAUUUUAAAAAUUGUAAAAGUCGGAUCGGAUGUACAUUUCUUUUUGGCUCAUCAUCAGGCAAUUUCUGCUCCGGGAUAAUAUUCUUCAUGCUUUAGUAUAAAUUAAUUG